CCUCGUCCACAACGCGACCUGCCAUUGCGCACUUGUCCCUUCUCCACUCCCAGCGGCCCGCGCAUCUUCUUGUCCUUCUCAUCGCCCUUUGCAAUUCCCCCCAAAACUUUUCCUCACAUUUCGGCGCAAUGGCACCAAUAGCAGAUACCGUGGUCGAUGACCUCAAGAGCACCGUCAACAGGCUCGAGAAGCGCAUCGCUGAGCUGGAGAACAAGCUGUCUGGCCAGAGUGGGGGUGCAUCAACGUCGGCGGAGAGCGUCAGGAUGAUCUUGAUGGGACCACCAGGUGCUGGCAAGGGCACACAAGCGCCGCGAAUCAAGGAGAAGUUCUGCGCAUGCCAUCUUGCUACCGGAGACAUGCUACGCGCUCAAGUCGCGGCCAAGACAGCCCUCGGUCGGGAAGCGAAGAAGAUUAUGGAUGCCGGCGGUCUGGUUAGCGACGAGAUCAUGAUCAACAUGAUCAAGACUGAGCUCGAGGGCAACGCCGAGUGCGCCCAGGGAUUCAUCCUCGAUGGCUUCCCACGAACAGUAACCCAGGCCGAGAAGCUCGACGGUAUGCUUGCUGCGACCAAGAAGCCCCUUCAACACGCCAUUGAACUGCAAAUUGACGACGGCCUCCUCGUCUCGCGUAUCACUGGCCGCCUCGUUCACCCCGCAUCCGGCCGCUCCUACCACAAGAUCUUCAACCCACCCAAGGCCCCCAUGACCGACGACGUAACCGGUGAGCCGCUCAUCCAGCGCUCCGACGACAACGAGGACACGCUCAAGAAGCGUCUCUCGACCUACCACGCCCAGACCGCGCCCGUUGUUGCAUACUACCAGAAGACGGGUAUCUGGAAGCCCAUUGACGCAAGUCAAGAGCCAGGCCAGGUAUGGAAGAGCCUGCUCAAGAUCUUCGACGACAAGGCCAUGGUUGCUGGACGAACAGGCAGCUUGCUCAACAAGGUUGGUCUUAAGAACUAGACUGGGCCUUUUGUGUGAGCAGGGGCGUGAUCCCAGGCUGGAAAAUAUUGUUCAACGAUACUACGAGUCACGCCUACGUGUCAUACCGCCAGGCACACGCAGAAUCUUACAAUGUCCAAGAGUCGCUGGUCAUGUUCAGAGCCACGUAUGAGAAAAGUCCACUUUCACGCUUUGGAAUGAAGAAUGCACAUAUGGUUUGGAUGGGUUCCUUGUACUUGUACAGAUGCAUACGGUGGUGUGGGUAGUCUGUGGGGACACCUGUGUGUUUCAAAUGACUCUUGCAAGCUGGUUUCUGGUAGUCUACCAAGAUCGGAAAUGCUAGAAAUGUUCAUGAAGAUACCCGUGGUUACAAAUGUGGCCUGUACUCUGACCGCAAUUCUGUGACAUGUUUUAACGACGUACUCAUAACUACAAGUUACCCGCAUACCUCGUAUUGAUCUUGUGAAUACACAUGUGCGCUCUCAUGCU